UCCCUUUUGUUUGUCAACCAUUUCAUCAUGGGGUACAGAGUUUCUGUGAAGUCAAUUGAGCUGAAUGGAUUUGAAAUUAAAACCACAGUUACAACUAAGAAGGAAGAUAUUGACAGCCAUAUAUCGUCUUUCUUGCAUUCUUCAGAUGAUUAUGGAACCAAGGUUAUUGGGUUUGAUGUUGAAUGGUGUCUGGCUGAUCCCACUGAUGAUGAGCCCAAUUUGUUUUCCAGAUGUGCAACUCUUCAACUUUGUGAUGGAAAUUCAUGUCUUGUUAUGCGGUUCGAAUUUCACCAUCAGGUUCCCAACUCACUACUUAAUUUUAUGCGUAUGCCAAAUUAUACUUUCGUUAGCUAUGGAGUUAAGGAUAAUUUGGCUGAGUUGGAGAAGCAUCUUGGGAUUGGAUGCAAAAAUGCAGUGGAACUUGGCCCUUUGGCUGCUAGUCUUUUGAAGGUUCCUCGUUUAAGUUACUGUGGCGUCGAUGAACUUGCAUUUUUGUUAUGUAAGCUUGAUCUUCGUAAAUACAGACCUGCAAGUUUGGAUUUUGAUUGGAGGCGUAUUGGCUAUGGUAAGAGUGAAGAAGUUCAACUUGCUGUUGUUAAUGUGUACUCUUAUCACAAGAUUGGGAGUGCACUUCUUGGAAGCAAUAAUAUAUUAAUCGGACAACAGCCUCACUUUGGUUUGUUUUAG